AUCCAUUUAGUUCUUCUUUUCAGGAGACAAAGAUAGUAUUUUGCGAAAAAUACGAUGAUAUUUUUGUGAAAACUCUGUUGAUUUUCAAACAUUUAAAGCAAGAAUGCCGUCGUCACCUGUCGUUGCGUAUUCAUAUGAUCCAGAUGUUGGAAAUUUCCACUAUGGUCCAGGGCAUCCUAUGAAGCCACAGAGGAUUGCAUUAACACACUGUCUAGUGAUGCACUAUAAUCUACACAAGAAGAUGCAAGUGUAUCGUCCAUACAGGGCCUCAGUUCAUGACAUGUGUAGAUUUCAUUCGGAAGAUUACAUUGACUUUCUAAUGAGAGUGUCUCCACAGAAUGUACAGAACUUUACUAAGCAGCUCAGUAUGUUCAAUGUGGGAGAUGAUUGCCCAGUUUUUGAUGGGAUAUAUGACUUUUGUUCAAUGUAUACUGGAGCCACACUAGAAGGAGCUGUCAAAUUAAAUAAUAAUGACUGUGAUAUAGCAGUGAACUGGUCUGGAGGUUUACAUCAUGCCAAAAAAUUUGAAGCGUCAGGAUUUUGUUAUGUUAAUGAUAUAGUUAUUGGUAUACUAGAGUUACUAAAAUAUCACCCGCGUGUUCUGUAUAUUGACAUAGAUAUUCACCAUGGUGAUGGUGUACAGGAGGCAUUUUAUCUCACUGACAGAGUAAUGACUGUCUCUUUCCAUAAAUAUGGCAACUACUUCUUCCCUGGGACAGGGGAUAUGUUUGAGCUGGGAGCAGAAUGUGGGAGAUAUUAUUCAUUAAAUGUACCACUGAGAGAAGGCAUGGAUGACCAGAUGUACAUGAAUGUGUUCAAGCCAACAAUACAGCAAGUUAUAGAAUUCUACAGACCCACAGUUAUAGUGCUUCAGUGUGGUGCAGAUUCUUUAGGCAGUGACAGACUAGGCUGCUUUAAUCUUAGUAUAAAAGGACAUGGAGAGUGCGUAAAAGUUGUGAAGGAAUAUGGUCUACCAUUGUUGGUGCUUGGAGGUGGUGGGUACACAAAGAGGAAUGUUGCUAGAUGCUGGACGUAUGAGACAGGGGUUAUACUAAAUGAGGAAAUCAGUAAUGAGAUACCUUAUAAUGAGUACCUUGAAUAUUUUGCUCCAGACUUUACUCUACAUCCUGAUAUAUCAACAAAACAGGACAAUCAGAACACAAAAACAUACAUAGACGGUCUAAAACAGAUGGUCAGUGAGAAUUUAAAGCAGCUGGCAUGCUCGCCUAGUGUAGAAAUGCAGGACAUACCACCAGAUCUCCUAUCACUGGAAAACACAGAGGAGCCAAAUCCUGAUAUCACCAACAGUCAAGCAGACGUUGAUAAAAGAAUUGAAGCCAACAAUGAAUAUUAUGAUGGUGAUAAGGACAAUGAUAAAGAAAAUGAUGGUUUUAUAGAGGUAUGACCACAUUACUAACUAGAAGAGAAUCUCUCAUGGACUUUGAAGGCACUAGUAUAUAUGUGUAUAUACUAUACUAGUACAAUAAACAACUCAGCUGAAGAGUCAACAGGAUGGAUUGCAUAUUUUAUUGAUACACUGUACUGGUUUGGAAUAGAAAUAGUCAUUGAAAAGAUGAACAAAGUGUUACACAAAACUGUAUCAAUGUUGCAUAUUUUAGCACAGAAGCGAUAUUUGUAUUGUGUUAAAUUCUUGGAAACUUAUUAUAAAGUGUAAUUAUUUAAAGGAUAUAUUCAUUCAAGAUACAGAUGUUGUGAAAAACUUGUAGUGUUAAAGAAUGUGAUGCAGUCUGGUGCACUGUUAAGGAGAUUUGUAAGGAUAUCUUUAAUAGUUGAGACAGGGAACCAGUCCCAGUCUCCUGCAUCUGACUGGUUGAUUGCAGACACACAGAUUUUAUAUCGACCAAUAAUUGAGCCAAUUUGACUUUGUUUGAUAAGUCUGAAUUGAUUUUGAUGUGUACAGUGGUGUUAUUAGUUUCUUGGUAACAAUUUGUAGCCAAGAUCGUGUUCAGGACAUUCUGAUGUCACAUGGCAUUACUUAAAAACAUAAUAUAUUUCUUUAUAUGGAAUAUUACAUAAUCAUGACAUCAUUUUCACUUAUACAUUUCAUAUGAAAAACUUUGUUCAAAAGCAUACAUAGAACAUCAAAGCAAGUUUAUUUUUCUAUAUUGAUUUCAGUGUGUUGUAGUCAGAUAUAGGAUCUCACCCUUGCUGUCAUAUCAUUUAAAAAAAAAUAACUUGUCUGAC